AUGGGGACGGGCGUAAUGCCGCCGCCCGGACAGCCUUGCCUGCCAGGCUCUGUGCUCUCUCUGGUAUGUUCCAAUUCCUACCAGGCAUGGUGCCAGAUCACCAAUGUGUCACAGCUAAAGGCUUAUGUCACUCAAGAAAACCAGAAUUCCAGUGGAACAAACCUGAGCAUUUCUACAUCUGCCGAGAACCGAUACAGCCUCUUUCUUGGCUUAGUCCUGGCCAUAAGUUCCAGUGUGUUCAUUGGCUCCAGCUUCAUACUGAAAAAGAAGGGACUCUUAGAACUGGCUAAAAAGGGAAUAACCAGAGCUGGUCAAGGUGGACAUUCUUACCUGAAGGAAUGGCUGUGGUGGGCAGGAUUACUCUCAAUGGGACUAGGAGAGGCUGCAAAUUUUGCUGCAUAUGCUUUUGCACCUGCAACAUUGGUUACCCCUUUGGGGGCACUGAGUGUUCUUAUAAGUGCAGUAUUAUCAGCCCAUUUUUUAAAUGAGAGACUGAACAUUCAUGGGAAAAUAGGCUGCAUGUUAAGUAUCUUGGGGUCAACUGUGAUGGUUAUCCACGCCCCCAAAGAAGAGGAAGUCACAUCUCUACACGAUAUGGAAAUAAAACUAAGAGAUCCAGCAUUUAUUUCCUUUGCUGUGAUCGUAAUUGUGAUCUCUUUGGUGCUGAUUGUGGUCAUUGCUCCCAAAAGAGGUCAGACCAAUAUAUUAAUCUACAUUUCCAUUUGUUCAGUAAUUGGAGUAUUUUCAGUUUCUUCUGUCAAGGGCUUAGGACUUGCCAUCAAGGAGCUGUUGGAACAGAAGCCAGUUUACAAGGAUCCCUUCGUCUUUAUUUUGUUGGCCACAAUAAUAAUCUCAGUCAGUACUCAGAUUAACUAUCUCAACAAAGCAUUGGAUACCUUCAAUGCAUCUCUAGUGACUCCUAUUUAUUAUGUAUUCUUCACAUCUAUGGUGGUGAUGUGUUCUGCCAUCUUAUUCAAGGAGUGGUACAGUAUGACUGCCGGUGAUGUCAUUGGGACCCUGAGUGGAUUCUUCACCAUUGUUAUUGGCAUCUUUCUUCUGCAUGCUUUUAAAAACACCGAUAUUACCUGGAGUCAAUUGACAGAGACUUCCAAAAAAGCCCAAUUAUCUCCAUAUGUCAAUGAAGAUAGACACACUUUAUUGGAGAACGUAGACUGUGACGAUGAUCUCACUUUAUUUAAUCGGAUGGACAAUCGGGGUCGCUGCUGAUCUCCUGGAUGAACAGUUUUGAAGAGGGGAAAAAGGAAUGUAUGCUUUUUUUAAGAACCAUCGAAAUAUUCAGCUGUAUAUUUUUCAUGUUCACACAUAUGAAACCUUUGUAUUUAUGUUUUGGAAGAAUAGCCAUCUUCAAUCUUCCCACCUAAGGUAAUCAAUGGAUAAUUGGAAUUUCAGUCCAACAUUCUAAACAAGUAAUUAAGGGGUUUUGGGGUUUUUACAGGUCAUUCUCUGAUCAAGUUUGUUUGUUUUACCAUAUUCAUAAAAGUCUGAAGAAUUACAGUUUGCUUUCCUAUUAUAGAACCAACACAUGUAAAGGGGAGUCUAGCAAAACAAGCAUCUCAUAAUGCUGUAAAAAUAUUAUAGUGGCAACUGUGGAAUAUGACAAUAUGGGCUUUUGUUCAAGGGUUCAGAGUGUAUUUGAAUUUUGAAUUUUAUUUUUCAAAUUGAAAAAAAUCUGAAGAAAACCUGUAAUUUUUCUAUGGGAUAUACAUAUCUUCCCUCUAAGCCUCAGAAAAAAUACUAUUGUGUUUUAUUUGUGUAAUAUUAUGUUUUGUUUUCAAAACUUCUCCACAGAAGAUCUCUGACUUCUCCACAGAUAUUAUUGCCCAAUUGUUCCUCUUUACAAUUUACAUUCCUUAGUUCCUUAUUUUUUUCUUCCUUGGGAACUUUGUGAGUUCAGUGGAAUUGCUGUCUUAUUUCUUUAGAACAAAUGGCCCUGAGGUAUGUUUGUCACAUGUGAAUAUGGCACAAGUAAUGUCUCCGUAGGAGAACUCCAUUAAUACUUGAUUUUUAUGUUUUGACUUACUUUAUACUUUUGGUUUUUAUACAGAAGAGUGUAAAGUUGCUAAAGAUAAAUAUUAGUCCCUUCUAAUCACAAAAUAAAACUUUUACAUGAAAGAAAUAUUAAGCAAGUGAAAGAGAAUCAUCCUAAUAAAGAAUUCUAUAAAUCUGGUAGCAUUUUUGGAUCUCUGGUCUGACUAGGAUAGAAAUAUAGACUUACAUGAUAGGUCCUUUUUUUUAAAUAUGUCACCAAGUUAGAUUGUUUAUAGCAUCUUCUGUCCCUCAGCCUGCCCUCUAAAAACAGACUAGAUUUGAUACUUUUCUAUUAGGGGGGAGGAAUUCAAAAGUAUCUCUUCUCCUAAAAUGCUAAUGGUUUGUCAUAAGGUUUUUUAAAAAUAAAUUUUCCACAUUAAAUCACCAAAUUUCAAAUUAUUUUUAAUUCCCUACUCUACACUAAAUGGAAAAAAGAAAAUGGAAAGAAGAUCGAUGUUCUUUGCAUUAAGAUAAGUUAACUUUGGUUCAAUAUGUACAGAAGUUCUGAUGAUUCAGAGUAUAAGAAAACCAUAAAUGGGAAAAAUGGCUUCUUUCAAGAAUACUUAAAUGUACUCAUAUAAGGAAUCUCAUUUGUUAUGCUAUAAGGUUUUUCUUAAUGUAUAGUAAGUAAAUUAUUUACACCAAAUCCCUUUUCUCUAAGGGAUUUUUAAUAAGCUAUUUUAAAACACCCAACUUUAUGGUGUAUGAAAAUUACCAUGAAAUCCAGAAUUUAUCAUUUUAAGUAAUAUAUUAGCUGCUAUUUUUUGUGAAUUCUGAAUUGUGAUAAAUGACAGGUUAUAAAUCUUGUCUUUUUUAAAAUAUAUAAAUCCAAUAACAAUUUUGUUGUUUUUUAGCAAAAGUUUUCAGAGGGGUUUUAUUGUUUAGUUUAGUUUUAGGUGGUUUAGAUUAUAUAAGACCUGGCAGUUUCCUGUAAAGAUUAAUCAAUUAAUGCAGACACUUUAAAUGACUUUUAGCAUAUCUGGCUUCCAUGGAUUUUUAGCACCUUAUGCAAAUGUGCAAAAUAGCCAUACGUGUCCAUGGAUUCUAGAUUAACCAUUGAUAGUCAGCUACCUUUAAAUACCCAUUCAUUCUUAGAUAAGCCUAUCUCAAAGGUUUUCCCAUUUGAGUUGAUGGGAUCUUCUCUGAAUUAAUAUUUUUAAAAAGAAUUCUUUUAUGCACUGAAAAUACUAUUUUGGGAAU